ACGUGUCAGAGAUGAGUAUCACAAUGUUCUCAACUUUAUUCGCCAUUUGAAACAGUUUCUCGUUACUAUGAUCGGCAGCAUUAGUGUUAAACAAACUUAAGUCAUCUACAACACAUUGUUUAGUGAUUUAAAGUGAAAUAACUGGAUUUACAACCAUGCCACUGAAAAAGAAUAUGCUGGGAGACUUUAUUUCAUAGAAGACAAAGCGUUAAAUGAAACCAUAGUGUUGAGAACAUCGCCCGAAGACGACCAAUGACGUAACAUCAAUGGCAUAUCAAUUGGAGCAGCAAUCAACGAGACACCUACCGAAACUGUCGAGACAUUCUAAUCCCUACCACAUAAAGCGACCAAUGAACGCGUUCAUGGUGUGGUCGAGGCUGCAGAGGAAGAAAAUAUCCAUGAUGAAUCCGAAACUGCACAAUUCGGAGAUAUCAAAGAGAUUGGGGCUGGAAUGGAAAAGUUUGGACGAGACGGAAAAGCGGCCAUUUAUAGAUGAAGCAAAGAGGUUAAGGAUAAAACACAUGCAGGAUUAUCCGGACUACAAAUACCGACCAAGAAGGAAGAACAGGUUAGAUACAUCGGCGUUUUCUAACCCAGCGCUUUACACGACGAGGGAGACGUUUGUAGAAGUGGAACCACGUCAAGAAACGAGUUAUCAGACGCUGUCGUACCCUGAUCAGUUUGUUUAUAACAACAUGAUCAGCUACUCCGUGCCUUCGUUACCUCAGCCCACGUUUGUUCCAACAUCAAUGAGGCCUAAAGAAGAAACGCUACCAAGCUUGGACCUAAGGCCUCUGCCUUCGAUAGAGAGUAUAUCUCCAAGGCCUUUUGCAGUAGUAAAUCAGCAGAUGAUGGUGAAGGCCUACCAGGACCUUCAUUACGUGCCCAGUGACGUCACUAGAAUCUCCUAUCACUAUCCUUUUGGUGUGCAAUAGUCGAUUUUCGUUGUAAGUUGUUUUGAGGCCAUAAUUUAUGAUUAAGACGUAGUUAGUUCAGCUAACAAGUAUAACUUUGUUGUUUUUUUAUGUGAUUGCGUAGUUA